AGAGAUUGAGUGUUAUGUCCACUAACUUGUACCUCCUGCAAAGGACUUUGAAAUUCGUUGAAGAAAUUGCCAUAUAAGCGUAGUGACCAAGUCAAUAACCGUCGGUAACUUACGUUUAUCCUAAGCCUGAUGAAUUGCGUGAUGAGUGAGAAUGAAUUUGGUAAAAUGUUCACAGCCAUGUCUGUACGUUGCGUGCUGAUUAUCCUGAUAGUAAACUUGAAAGUAGCAGAAUGCCACAGUGUCUGUUCUAAAGAUUCUUGCUACGAGUUUAAGAAAGAGAAAAAACCAUGGAAAGAUGCCAGAAACGCUUGUAAAGAAAAGAGAGGCGACCUAGUUUCCAUUGAAACUGAAGAGGAGUGGGAUUUUAUGAAAGGCAUGAUUCAAAAUCAGACUGCAAAGGUGUGGUUUAUUGGCUUGGAAAAAAGGGCUGGUAGUUGGACCUGGGUGAGUGGAAGACCACUAACCAUUUGUAACUGGAAAAAAAAUAAGUCAGCUGGAAAUGGAAGAGUGGCUAAAUUAGAAAAAGAGAACUGGACCUUUGUUCGUGGUGGAGGAAAAAAAAAUAGAUCUUUUAUUUGUGAAACUGCAAAAGGUAAGACAACAAACAGAGACUAAUAGAGCUUCUGACGAUCAAAAUCCAGCUUUCUGUCGAUUUCUGCUUCGGAAUGAAAUAGUAUUGAGUAGGUGAGAUACUGACUACAGCAUGCAUU